AAAAUCUCCGAAGUGCUUAAGCAUUUCAAAUAUUAUGGAUGAUCAGCUUUGUUGAUUCUCACGCAUCAUUAUGUUUAUGCCAAUGGGAUUUGGCAUAAAUCCUCCCAAGAGCUCUUUAUGUCUCUUCCUUGCUAAAGAAGCAAAGCCCAGUGCCAUUGGCUUUGAGUGUUAAUGCAGCAGGCAUUGGUUGUGCUUCUGCAAAUGCAAAGGGGUGCCGGCCAGAUAUUGGGGCUACAUGGGAAAUAAAGGAGCAGGAGGAAGGUUGGGGGGGUUUGGGUUGAUGCUGCUAAACGGCCACCUUUCCCCUCUGCACAUUCCAAUCCUCUAUCUGGCUGGUGCAUUUGAAUCUUCGCCAUCCGCACAUACCUCAUCACCACUGAUAGCUGGUGGAUUAGUUUCUUGGCUGUCACUUCUAGACCUUGUCACUAUUGCUACCAUUCCUUCACUCGUUUGUAGCUCUAAGCAGGGUAGUGUAUCCAUUUGAAAAAACUUAAUGGAAACAUGAACCUGUACCUGCUUCUUCAAGUGCUCCAUCAAGUGUUUCUAAAUUACCUACUUCCUCACACUCACCCCCGUACCCUCAUAUGCACCCACUUAAUUCUUGUAAAGUUGCACACUGUAGUAAACACUGAUGUUCAUCAUUUUUGGUGACCACAAUUAGCUUUCUAGCCUUCAGAAUGCCUUGUGGAAGUCUUUGCUACACCCAAGUUAAUCAUAGCAUAUUGCUGUCCUUUCUGGUGAUGAUCUUCCCUCAGGUGACCGUAAAGUCUAGCUUUAUGGCACUAUCAAGUUGACUUUAAAGCUUCUUGCCUUUAAUGGUUUCCAACCAGAGCAGAGCUUCAGUGUGGAGCAUGAUACUCAUUACUUUUUUUUUCUGUGAGUGCUCUGUUCAGGAUCAGGCUACAACCCUUUGAGAAAUUCCAAGUUUUGUUGGAGACUGACUGAAGUCUUCUUGCUUCUUCUUUGGGAGCAAUGUUUUUCUGGAUUGAUGUUGAAAAUCCAUGUGUCAUUAUGAGCCAAGACAAAAGCAGAGAGUUUUUGCAUUCCGGGAAUGAUAAAGACAAAUUUAAGUUCUUUUUCAAGGCUACACUUCUACAACAAGUAAAUGAUCUUCUACAAAGUAUCACAGAAAAUUUGAGUGCUGCGACUGAAGUUGUUGAACAACUGGAAAAAUCAAUAAUGCCCAAAGUUAAAGAACUUAAUGAGUUACAGGAGAAGAUUAAGAACAUGGAACAUGUAGAAGAAAUAGCUCAAGAAGUGCAACAUUUGAAGAAAAAACUUGCCUGGUCAUGGGUAUAUGAUGUUGAUAGACAAAUUCAGGAACAAAAUGGCAAGCUUGAAGUGCUCAAAGAGCGCAUUCCCAUCUGCCAAGCUAAAAUUGAGCAAUGUGUGGCUAAGGUGGAGGAAUUGAAUGGCUUGCUUACCGGUAAGAAAUCCCAGAUUGCAUUUUUGACAGAAAAGACCUCGGAAGUAAGGAGAAAGAAGGAAGAAUUGGAGCAGAAUCUUUCAUCGGCUACAAAGGAGAGGCUUGAACUCGAAGAGGUGCAUUCUCGUGAAAUUAACUUUACGAAGAAAAUGAGCAAGCGUGUGAAGUUGCUUGAGCAGCAAAUUCAUGAUAUUCAUGAGCAACAUAUGAGAAAUACACAGGCUGAAGAAUCUGAGAUUGAGGAACGAAUGAAGAAACUGCAGGAUGAUGUUGAUGUAGCUUGUAGAAGUGUUGCAAGGUUGCAGGAGGAAGAACAUUCACUAUCAGAAAAGUUAUCGGCAGCUAAAAAUGCUACUAAUGAUAUGUCUAAAGAGAUUGAAGAAAAUGAAAGAAGAUAUCGUGAUUUAUGCUCACAGAUGAAUGAGUUUCAGCAACACCGAAUGAACAAGGUAACAGCCUUUGGAGGAGGAAGAGUUCUGAAUCUCUUACAGGUUAUUGAAAGACACCACAGAAAAUUUAAAAGCCCUCCUAUCGGUCCAAUUGGAGCUCAUGUGACAUUGGUCAGUGGUGACAUCUGGGCCCUAGCAGUUGAUUGUGCUGUUGGGCGGUUACUAGAUGCUUUUAUAGUUACCGAUCAUAGAGAUUCACUUCUUUUACGAGAUUGUGCAAGAGAAGCAAACUAUGCAAACCUUCAGAUCAUUAUAUAUGAUUUUUCCAGACCACGGUUGAACAUUCCAAACUACAUGCUUCCUUCAACAAAUCGUCCAACUAUUCUUUCCGUUAUACAUUCUGACAAUCCUACUAUAAUUAAUGUGUUGGUGGAUAUAGGCAAUGUUGAGAGGCAAGUGCUUGUUCAAGAUUAUGAGAUGGGAAAAUCUGUUGCAUUUGAUCAGAGAAUUCAAAAUUUGAAGGAAGUAUACACUUCUGAUGGAUAUAGAAUGUUUUAUAGAGGUUCAGUUCAGACCACCCUUCCUCCAAACAAAAGGGCCAGGAGUGGCCGACUACGCAGUUCUAUUGAUGAUGAAAUUUACAAUAUUCAGAAUGAAGCCUCUAAGGUUAAAGAACUUGUUCAAGAAAGCAGAGGUAGGAAAAGAGAUUCUGAGGAAGCACUUCGGGAUCUUGAACUCAAUGUACAGAAUACGAAGAGGCGACGAAUAAAUGAAGAAAAGCUUUUGAUGUCGAAGCAACUAGCUUUGCGGGAUAUGAAGAACUCUUAUGCCUCUCAGCAAAAUGAUGACCCCGUGAAUGUUGAAGAGCUUUAUCAAGAAAUCUCGCAAGUGCAAGAUGAUUUACAAGGAAAGGAAAUGUUACUGGAGAAACUCCGUAUAAGGAUGACCAUGGCACAAGAGAAAGCCAAUAACUUAAAAAAUUCCAUCGAGGACUUAUGUGAGUCAGCAAAAGGAGAAAUUGAUGCCAUUGAGGUUGCCGAGCGUGAAUUAUUGUUGGCUGAAGAUGAACUGCGCGCAGCAGAGGCUAAGAGAAUCCAUUAUGAAGGUGUCAUGCAAAACAAGGUACUACCCGAUAUUAAAACAGCAGAGGCAGAGUAUGAAGAGCUCCAACACAACCGUCAGGAAAACUUUAGGAAGGCUUCUAUCAUAUGUCUUGAGUGUGAAAUGGAAGCUUUAGGAGGCUGUGCUGGGUAUACUCCAGAGCAACUAAGUGCCCGAUUAAACAGAUUGAGGCAGAGGCUUCAGCAUGAGAGCCAGAGGUACAAUGAAUCUAUUGAUGAUCUUAGAGCAAUGUAUGAUAAAAAGGAGCGCAAAAUUCUAAAGAAACAGAAUACCUAUGCAACUUUCCGUGAGAAGUUAAAUGCAUGCCAGAAGGCACUUGAUUUGCGCUGGAGCAAAUUCCAGAGAAAUGCAAAUCUUUUAAAACGACAACUAACUUGGCAGUUCAAUGGACAUUUGAGGAAGAAAGGUAUAAGUGGGCACAUUAAGGUAGAUUAUGAACAGAAGGUUUUAUCUGUGGAGGUAAAGAUGCCUCAGGAUGCAUCUGGCAACAGUGUUCGGGAUACUAGAGGGCUUUCAGGUGGGGAGCGCUCCUUUUCCACUCUCUGCUUCGCAUUAGCUCUUCAUGAGAUGACAGAAGCACCAUUUCGAGCCAUGGAUGAGUUUGAUGUGUUUAUGGAUGCUGUUAGUCGAAAGAUCAGCUUAGAUACUCUUGUGGAUUUUGCGGUGGCACAAGGAUCACAAUGGAUAUUCAUCACCCCGCAUGAUAUCAGCAUGGUUAAGCCUGGGGAGAGGAUCAGGAAGCAGCAAAUGGCAGCACCUCGUGGGUAAGCGACUGUAUUAUAACAUUAAGCAUUAACACCAAACUUGAUCAGAACAAUUUGUCUUUUUGUAACAUUAGUCAGUGAAAUGCCAGCAGCCAUCUGUCGCCUCAGGGCAUCAUCCUGGGGACGUUAAGAUGCCUUUCGAAAA